UGUAGUGACAAACAAACUGCUGCUGACUAGAAGUGAGAAGUUGUCACGAGCAGCCUGCAUGCUUGUCCUGCCUGCUGAUGGAGAGGACUGCAAAUCUAAUAAUAUAAUACUCCUUCUGUUAUUAUUUUGAUCAUAUCCGAGCAGGAUCACACAGACAGCCGAGAGCUAAAAGAAAGCAAAUCCAUUUGGAAAGUAUGAAACACGGGAACCCUUUUUAAUUUCCUCGGAGAGUCAGCCUGUUAGCGCCUGUCUGAGAUCACUGCAGGUUAUAAUAUGUCUGGUACUUGUAAUAAUAUUUGUCACGAUGUAGGAGCCUCGUCCACACCUCGCUAUAUAAAUUGUUUGCGUCCUCUCUACUUGUUGCAGUGAGAACUUGUGUAGUGUACGCACUUUGGACUCCUCGGGUCCUUUCGGUCAUCUGUGGCGGGUGACGAUUAUGGGUUUUCAGUGUUUCUCCUCAUUUCAGUGUGUCUGAGCAGCUCUGCUCCUCCUUCAAACAGUCCUUUUCUUUCUUGCCUCCCCUCACAUCACUGAAGGGUCGCCUGAGGAGCGCAGGAGGAAGAGGAAGAGGAGGAAGAGGAGGAGGAUUGCAGCGAUUUUUUCUGAAAACAGCGACUCGACUCCAGACGCAAUGCAGGCAGACGAGAAGGCAGUGGAUGGCGGACUGCUGCCUGAUGCCAGUGGGAAAGAUCCAAACCCGAGCGCACAAACAGAUGGCUCCAAAUGGCAGAAACCACGGUUCUCCCGUAAAUCUCUGAUGAAGUGCUGUCUUGUCAAGUGGAUCAUCGCCAGCACCACGCAACAAGGGCCAGAUGACAGCUGUGACAGUGACCUUGAACUCUCCAUGGUGCGUCACCAACCCGAAGGCCUCGACCAGCUCCAAGCACAGACACAGUUCACCCGGAAGGAGCUUCAGUCACUUUACAGAGGCUUCAAAAAUGAAUGUCCCAGUGGGCUUGUGGAUGAAGAAACUUUCAAAAGCAUUUACUCACAGUUCUUCCCUCAAGGAGAUGCAACCAUGUAUGCACAUUUCUUGUUCAAUGCAUUUGACAUGGACAGAAGUGGCUCCAUCCGGUUUGAAGACUUUGUAAUAGGAUUAUCUGUGUUGCUUAGAGGCUCUGUAACAGAGAAACUGCGAUGGGCCUUCAAUCUGUAUGACAUCAACAAAGAUGGCUACAUUACUAAAGAGGAAAUGAUGGCAAUAAUGACCUCCAUUUAUGACAUGAUGGGCAGGUACACCUUACCAAGCGUACGAGAUGAUUCCCCCUAUGAGCAUGUGGAGAAAUUCUUCCAGAAAAUGGAUCGGAACAGAGAUGGAGUGGUGACGAUUGAUGAAUUUAUAGAAACUUGCCAAAAGGAUGAAAAUAUCAUGGCUUCCAUGCAGCUCUUUGAGAAUGUCAUUUAGUUUCUGUAGAAGAACGUGAAUCAGUAAUGCUGCGUAGUGCUUCUGAUUGCAAGCUUCUGGCCUGAAACAACUGAAAUCAUCCUGGAAGAAAAACUGGGUCAAGCAAAACAUUGGUUAGAUUUCACUACAAUCUGGCAAACACUCUUUGUUUUCCCUGUCAAAUUGUUUGAUGCAGAAAAAUGUGCAGAGUUCACCAAAUCACUCGAAGAAGAAAUGUUGCAUGACAGUGUUAAUUCUGCACAUGCAGGAAAUGUGAAAUUACCAGAUGAGCAUGAGUGCUUGCCAAUAUAUUGCCAAUAAACGCAUGCGAUGUAAACAACAUUGGACACAAACACAAAGUUUUAUCUUUGACCACUCUGAAACUUGGCAAAUGAGGAUACUUUGUUACUGUAUUAUAUUGUAAAGAAAAUAAUUAUGUUUCUAAUUUUUGAGUGAAAUGUGACACCCAGUCAUCGUAACAUCGAACCAAAAACUGCUGGAAUAAAUAUAUACCUUCACAUAACAUAAUAACUCCAUUGAAUACCUUGUACCUUGUUUUUUUUUUUUACAUUUUUUAUACUAUGAUUAAAGUCACUUAACUGGUUCAAGCAAGAUUAAAACAUUUCAAGAAUGAUGAAAAAAAAAAAAUCAUCUUAUACCUAAAAUAAUGCUCAAAUUGAAGAUGAAUUCAGCGUCACGGCUCAGGCCAUGACACUUGUUGUGCUGUUGAGCUGUGGGGACAGCAGUCUGUGUCCACAGUCACAUUGUGAGGACCCAUCUGGACCCAAGUCCCCACAACAUAAAUCAUUAAAUUUUAAUGUGAAGACUUGUUUUAAGGUUAGGUUGAGGUUAGGGUUGGGAUAAGUAAGUAAAAUAAGUUUACUGUUAUGGUUAAGCGGUGGUUAAACCAGAAAAUGAUGGAAACACGACUGUGUGUGUGUGUGUGUGUGUGUUUGUUGGGCGUUGCUUCCUAAUCCUCAGCACCUGGUGGUUCUCCACACCUGUUCCCACCUGCUCAUCAGACUCUUCUUUAAAUUCAGUACAUCUUCCACUUGUUGUCAGAUGACUGCACCAGCUAGUGGCCAUGCUCUAUCAACUGCUCUUUCCUUUUUUUUUGCACUUGAGUAACUUUUUGUUGUGUUCUCCUCAUUAAUUUGCUAAAUUUGCUUUGUGUACCUUUGUGCUUAGAACCUGCUAGUGCCUGCUGUCAUUGUCUUGCCUCAAUCUGUCAGCAAACCUGCGCCGCUCCUCCACUCCGUGAUAUCCACUUCCCUGCCCUCUCCUUCCCACAAUUACAAUAAACUUUUCAUUCAUAUCCUCUCCUGUUGUCUGCUUUUGGGGA